UCGUGAAAUUAACAGACACGUGUACUCAGGGAGAUUCAACGUGACACAGAGUGUGACAAGGUUGGCCCUUCGAAAUAUAGGCACUACUCAUUUUUGCCAGCUGAGUGGACUGGAGCAACGUGAAAUAAAGUGUCUUGCUCAAGGACACAAUGCAUCACCGGGAAUUGAACUCACGACAUACAAUCAUGAGCCGAAUACUCUAACCACUAAGCCACGCGCCUUCACUUAUACAUACAUACAUAAUUCUUAAACAAGUGACUUCGAAGAUUCGGCCAGUUAAAAGAAAGUUGGAUUAAUGUAUCCUGCGCCUAUACGCAUAAAUUACAUUCGUGUAUAUACAUAUAUACAUGCACAUACAUGAGUAUAUAAGUACAUACAUAUGCACAUAUACACACGUGUGCCUGUGUGCACUCACAGUAUACACACACGCCUAAAUAUUAUCUAGAGACUUUAGGAACAGAGAUGCCCGACACUGCAUAUACCUGAAUACGUACCUACAGGGACCCAAACAAUAGAUAACGACAUAAUUACAUAACCAAUAAAUCCAUACAAACUACGCAAUCGAGUGCCGUCUAUUACAACCUUACAGACAAUGAUAUUAAAGAAGGCACAAAUGACAAAAAUGUUGUUGAGAAAAUUCCCUUAAUUACAAACUGUAUUCAAACUUUGCUGCAGUUGAAGCUGCUAAAAGACAGAAUGAAGCAAUUAGAAAAAGUAAAAUUGAAGGACUCAAUGAUCUGGAAGAGAAAAUUAGCAAAACACGAGAAGAGCAACUACGGUUUGAAAAAGAGAACAAUAUUUUGCUGCCACAAAGGAAUGAGAUGAGAAAAAGUCAUGAUCGCUGUCUGCUGGAUUUGAACAAACUGCUCGCUCAUAAAUCCGAGUUACAGAUCUCAUUGAAUGAAACCAGAGAGAAAAUCAGUUUACAUAAUCAAGAGAUAGUGCAAACUGAAUAUGACAUUUUGGAACUUAGAAAUGCUGUGACCAAAGAAUGGGAAGAUGCAAAUAAGAAAAUUGAGGAAUACAAAAUUGAUAUUGAAAAUACAGAAAAAUGCUUGAAAAUGGUUCUGUCAAGAAAUGAAGUAACAAAGAAGGAAGAAGUUAAAAUCAAGGAAGAGUUAUCAGCUAGUAACUUAUUAAACCAAGAUAUUCAAACUACUGAGCGAUCUCUGAAUAAUGAAGUUGUUUCGAAGAAGAAAGAAUAUCAGAAGCUUCAACUUGAAUUGGAUGCGGAACUAAAACUAGAACAAGAUUUGUUGUCUGAGAAGAAGAAAUUAUCCCAACAGCAACUAAAACUAACAAAGAAAUCUGAUACCUUUACCAGUGAAAAGAAGAAGAUUUUGAAUGAAUUAAAUAUGAGAUAUCAAUAUGAGACUGACAACUCAAUUCAUCUGAAGCAACAACUGAAAGAUCAGCAAGAAGCACUUAAAGUCGAUAAAGAAGCUCUUAUAAAGUCUGAAGAAAAACUGGAAAUUGUCAAAAAUGAACACAAAAGUAAACAAGAUGAAUAUAAAGCACAAAAUGAAGCUUUACGUAAUCUUGAAAACACAAACAGAGAAGUUGCAGAAGCAAUCCAAAGAGCCAAAACUAGCAACAGCUUAACUGUUGCUCAUCUCAACCAUCAAAUUGAGAAGUAUGGCCAAAAAUAUGAAGAAGAAAAACAACUCCGAGAGGAUAUUCAACAAGAGAAAAAAGACAUAUCUACUGAAAUUGAUAUUACUAAAGCUCAUCAAAGGGAGUAUGCAGGAGAAAUGAAAAAAAGAAUUGCUAAUAUGAAAGAGCAAUGCACUGAAAAGGACAAACAGGCUGAGAGUCUCAAAAAUUCCAUCCAGGAACUUGACAAUAAAAUACGUUCUUUGGAAGAGGAGAUAGAAUCUGACAAAACCAAAUUCACUGCUUUAAUUGAUCAGAAAAAAGAAAAGAUUAAAGAAACACAACAAGCUAUCUCAAAGUUAGAAGAAACUGUUAAGGAAAAGAAUGCAGUUAUAGAAGAGAGGACCCCAGCAUUUGAAGAAAUGGAGAAGCAUUUCCAACAGCAGACUGACAUCUUUAAUGAGAGUAAAGAGACAUUUAUUGUCACCCGCCGUACGGACAUUGCCUUAACAAAUGAGUUAAAAGAAUUGGAAAAGUCUCUAGCAGAAGCUGAGGCACCAUUGAAUGACCUUCGUAAUAAGAUCAAAGAGUCUCGUGAAGAGUAUCUAAGACUGCUAGACUCCCAUUCACAGGAAUCAAAAGCAACUGAAGAAGAGAUUUAUGCUCAGAGUUGUAAAUUGAAAAUAUUAAUCGAAGAAAACAACAGACUGAAACAAGAUACACUAGCCAAGGAAAGUGAGUCUGAAAAUGUUAAAAAGUCAACUGAGAAACUUGAAAAAGUACUUUUGCAACUUAAAAGAGAGGUUUUGAAUGCAAAAGAGGAAUUCUCAAAAGACCUCACAACUAUGUCGGACAUGCAGGAGAAAAUACAGAAAAGAGACCAACUGACUGUUGACCAGAUGGAUAUUUCAAAAAGCAUCAUUGAAACAAACAUCCAAAUUGUAAACAAUGUCAGUAAAAAAGUACACAAACAACUGGAAAAAUUAGGAACAUAUAUGAAAGGAACUGAAAUAAGGCGCCCAGACUAAGAGAAUGGUUACACUUCAAAUUGCACUGUGUAUAUGCAUGUGAUACAUACAUACAUACAUACAUACAUACAUACGUACGUACGUAUGUACAUACAUACAUACAUACAUACAUAGGUUGGACAAAAUAAUGGAAACACCUAGCAUCAUAGUAUCAUAAUUUUAAAAUAUUUAUAAAACCACCAAAAGCUAGUAUAUUUUCACAUUUUUUUUUAUUUAUUAUUAGUGUUGCUUAAUAUGUUUUGCUAAAAAUUGAUGUUUCUUUUCAGAUAUCAUCAGAAGUUAAUUAAACUUCAUUAAAAUGACAGAGCUAUCGGACUUUCAAAGAGGUCAAAUUGUUGGUGCUCGUAUGGCAGGCACUAGCGUAACGAAAACAGACGAAAUGUUAGGUGUAUUAAGAAGUACUGUCUUGAAAGUAAUGACAGCCUUUGAGAAAGAGGGAAAAACCUCAUCGAAACAAAACUCCGGAAGAAAACCAAAACUUUCAGAUAGGGACUGUCGGACUCUUACGUGAAUUGUUAGAAAGGAUCACAAAAGUACAGCUCCCAAAAUUACUGCAGAGUUUAAUGACCACUUUGAGAACCCAGUUUCCACAAAACUGUUUGCCGGGAGCUGCACAGAACUGGAUUUCACGGGAGGGCUGCAAUCAGAAAAGCACUACUUUCAAAAACAAACGUUGCAAAGCAUUUAGAGUGGAGUAAAAACCGACAGAAUUGGUCCCUAGAGCAGUGGGAGAAUGUUAUUUUCUCGGAUGAGUCAUUCUUUACCUUAUUUCCGACCACUGGCUGAAUAUACAUGUGGAGACAGCCAAAAGAAACAUUUGACGCAGACUGCCUUCUUCCAACUGUUAAACAUGGAGGAGGAUCUGGGGGGCUAUAUCUUGGAAAUCUGCCGGCCCAAUGGUUUCCCUUCAUGGCAGAAUUAAUAGACAAGACUAUUUAAGCAUUUUAUCAGAUCAAAUCCAUCCUAUGGUUGCGGAACUGUUUCCAGAGGGAAACGCAUUCUUUCAGGAUGAUAAUGCACCAAUUCACACAGCUAAAGUUGUUACUGAAUGGCACGAGGAAUAUUCUACUGAAGUUGAACAUCUUAUUUGGCCACCACAGUCCCCAGAUCUCAAUAUUAUUGAACAU